GGAUUUGGGGUUUUGUAUGAAUAGAUUUGGUGUGGAAAUGUGAUUGCUUUUUGGGUUAAAUUUAUUUGAUGAAGUGAGGAUUUGGGGUUUUCUAUAAAUGGUUUUGGUGUAGAAAGGUGAUUGCUUUUUUGGGUUUGCUGAAUCUUGGACAAUGGCGGUUCCAUGGAGUACAACACUAUGGAUUGCUAAGAUGGUGUGGAUGGCAUUGAGUGGUUGGGUAGUCGCUUGCUUGACUAUUGCAGAUGAGGUUGCUGCCUCUUUUCGAACUGGUGAUAUUGGUCCUUUUCAUGUUGGUUGAGUUAUACUGUACAGAAACAUCAUCUUCUCCUUUGUUUGUGAAUUGUUGCUUGCUUCUUACAUAUUUUGUAAAUUUAUGGAUAAAUAUUGUUUACAGUGGUUUGAUAGAGCUGAAGCUUCAAAUAGCAAUGUCUUUAGUACUUUAUCUGCAAAUAUUUCUGUUUUGGCAGCAAAAUGAUUCAGUUCUUGAUGAUUUCUGGGCUAAAUAGAUUAUAUAUGAUUUCCGCUUA